UUCCCAUUGUCCUGUUCCAUUGCCAAACCAGAAAGUAAGAGCAGAUCCCUCAAAAGUGAAGACACCCCUGAUUGUUGUCAGGGUCACCAGAAAUAAUGUCCCCAUUGAAAGAUUUCUUUUAUAAUCCUGUUCUGGUAAGAACCCAAAAUUUUAGAUUUCCUUUCACUUUCAAUCAGGGGUGGACUGACAGCUCAUGGGGCCCCCGGGCAAUAGGGGAUCAUGGGGCCCCUGUGUCCUUGCCCAAACUCAAAAAAGCCUAUGAAAAAGGUACCAGGGGCAUCUCAUGGGGCCCCCUACUGACCCCGGGCCCUCGGGCAGUGCCCGAGUUUCCAAAUGGUCAGUCCGCCCCUGCU